CUCUGUGCCUGGAGGGGAGCCGUCGCCAUCUCCCGUCUCUUGGCUUCGCCAGGGCCCACCGGAGAGAGCUGACCCCCGGGUCCUAUAAUCCUUAUGGGGGACCAACUUUGUACCUCCGGGAGAUCCACGCUCCAGCCUGGAAACACGCGGGAAAUCAAGCCUCCAAAAAAGCGCUGCCUCCUAGCUCCACGUUGGGAUUAUCCAGAAGGAACCCCCAACGGAGGUAGUACCCCUCUCCCUUCCACACCUCCUCCACCAUCACCGGGCCUGAAGUCGCACCCAUCUUCUCUGGAGAAAUAGUACAAUAUACUUCUCUCACCCCAAACCAGUCUUUGAGGGAUUGCAGUAUGACUCCAUUUCCUUGGUGCAUCCAUAAAAUAUUCAGUGAAGACAAUGAAGAUUAUUGACAACGCUACCCUGCUUUUCUGAUGUCCUGCUUCAGGAAGUUGUGAUUU